CUGUCCCUUUAAGGGGUGGGGGGUUGGUUACGCUUUCCUGUGAAAGUGAAAGUGAAACUCGGCAGGAAUUCAUUCACCUUAAGAGAGAUUAUUAACACUGGAUUAUUGCAUCGAUCUCAAAGCACCACUUAUCAAGAACAACCAUAACAACAAACACUUGUGUGAGGAUUUCACAUAUAUCUCAAACCUUCACUGCUCAGGAACAAUCAACACCAACAACAACAAACAACUGUGAUAAGAGCUGUACUGUCAUGACUGGAACUAUCCUCCCAAGAGCGUUCCAAAGCAUGGCCAACAGUGGACUGACUUGCUAGAAAGACUUUGGUUGCACUCAUGCUCGUGCGGAUCCAGUGCGAGCAGCAGUCUCCUGACAGUGUACAUGGCCUGGAUCACCUGUUUGGAUUGUCAUGGACUGACCGUCAUGAUUUGUGAAUCAAAGGAACUUUUGAUCCUGAUCCGAAGUUUUGAUUCUGGCUGAUAGAAUACACAAUUCAGAGGAAGAUAUUAGAUGAGGUGUACAGAGUAUGGUACCAUGGCUUCCAACAAGAGUCCCACUGAAGAACAUGACACAGAGACAGUGAAGAACAUGCCUCCUAAGAGGAAAUUAGACUCACCUGAACCUGAACCCAGCUGUGUGUCUUUGAAAACUGAUGCGUCGAUGGAUCCUCCAAUUAAAUUCAGCUCAGGAGACUCUUCUGCUAAACUGAGGAUCAUUUCAAACCAGAGAUCAGACUCACCUGCACCUGAACCCAGCUGUGUGUCCAUGAAGAGUAACCAGUCGAUAGAUCCUCCAUCUAACUUCAGUUUAGGAGACUCUGCUGAUGUGAGUAACAAACAGGAGGGAUCAAAGUCCUGCGCUGGAAAGAAGAAGAGGGACUCUAUUUUCAAGGAGCUUGAGCAGAAAAUCUUCUCUCUGAUGAAGAAAGAGCUGGAGAGAUUCAAGACUCUCCUGAAGCCAGAUUACCCAGCAUGCUCUGAGAGAGAGGAGGAGGAGGAGGAUGAUGAAGGUCAGAGAAGAUUCAGUGAGGGGUUUCUGAAGAUCACACUCCACGUCCUGAGGAUGAUGAACCAAACAGAUCUUGCUGACGCACUACAAACCAAACAUAUAUUAUUGAAUCAACAAAAACUCAAGUCCAGACUUAAGCAGAAAUUUCAGAGAAUCAAUGAAGGAUUCUCAAAUCAACGGAUCUCAACUCUACUGAAUGAGAUCUACACAGAGCUGUACAUCACAGAGGGAUGGAGUGGAGACAUCAAUAAUGAACAUGAGGUGAGACAGAUGGAGACAACAUACAGUAGAUCUGGGACACCAAUCAAAUGCAAUGACAUCUUUAAACACUUACCUCAACAAAAACCCAUCAGAACUGUGCUGACAAGAGGUGUCGCUGGCAUUGGAAAAACUGUUUCUGUCCAGAAGUUCAUUCUGGACUGGGCUGAAGAAAAAGCAAAUCAGGACGUUCACUUCAUAUUUCCACUUCCUCUCAGAGAGCUCAAUUUGAUAAAGGAGAAAAGGAUCAGUCUGAUGGAGAUACUUCAUAAAUUCUUCACUGAAAUGAACGAACUGAAAUCAAUCGAUUACAAGGACCUUAAGAUAAUUUUUAUCUUUGAUGGUCUGGAUGAGUGUCGACUUCCUCUAGAUUUCCAGAACAAUGAGAUUUUGUGGGAUGUGACCGAAUCCGCCUCAGUGGAUGUGCUGCUGACAAACCUCAUCAAGGGCAAUCUGCUUCCUUCCGCUCUCCUCUGGAUCACCUCUCGACCAGCAGCAGCCAAUCUGAUCCCUCCUGAGUGUGUUGACAAGGUUACAGAGGUACGAGGGUUCAAUGACCCCAAGAAGGACGAGUAUUUCAGCAAGAGAAUAAAUGAUCAGAGACUGGCCAACAGGAUAAUCACACACAUCAAAUCAUCAAGAAGUCUGUACAUUAUGUGUCACGUCCCAGUGUUCUGCUGGAUUUCAGCCACUGUUCUAGAGAGAAUGUUAAGAGGAGUAGGAAGUGUCGAGAUCCCCAAGACUCUCACUCAGAUGUUCAUACACUUCCUCAUCUUUCAGACCAAGCUGAAGACCCAGAAGUAUGAUGGGAAAUGUAAAGUAGAUCUUCAGCAGGAUACAGACUGCAUUCUGUCACUGGGAAAACUGGCUUUUGAGCAACUGGAAAAGGGGAAUCUGAUCUUCUAUGAGGAGGACCUGAGAGCAUGUGCCAUUGAUGUCAGAGAAGCGUCAGUGUACUCGGGAGUUUGUACCCAGAUCUUCAGAGAGGAGUUUGGACUGUGUUUGGGGAAGGUGUUCAGCUUUGUGCAUCUGAGCGUUCAGGAGUUUCUUGCUGCCUUGUUUAAGUUCCUUUCCUUUCUUCAUGAAAAAGAAAAGACGUCAACUAUGACUGAUUUUCUAAAGAGUGAAGUGGACAAGACCUUACAGAGUGAGAACGGACACCUGGACCUUUAUCUUCGCUUCCUUCUGGGUCUCUCCCUGGAGUCUAAUCAGACUCUCUUACAAGGAUUGUUAGUACAGACUGGAAACUCUCACAGCAAACAGGAAAUAGUUGAGUACAUUAAGUUGAAGAUCAGGGAGAAUCCCUCUCCAGAAAAAUCCAUUAAUCUGUUCCACUGUCUGAAUGAACUGAAUGAUCAUUCUCUAGUGAUGGAAGUCCAAUCAUACCUGAGCAGAACAGGUACCAGCCGUCUGUCUGGAGUCAGUCUCUCUUUAGCUCAGUGGUCAGCUCUGGUGUUUGCAUUGCUAAACUCAGAGCAGGAGCUGGAUAAUUUUAGGCUGAGUGAAUAUUAUCUAUCAGAGGAAUGUCUUCUGAGGCUGCUGCCAGUGGUCAAAGCAUCCAGAAAAGCAGAUUUAAGUGGCUGUAAUCUGACAGAGAAAAUCUGUUCAGCACUGGCUUCAGCUCUCAGCUCAAACUCCUCAAGUCUGAGAAUGCUGGAUCUGAGUAACAAUGACCUGCAGGAUUCAGGAGUGAAGCUGCUCUCUGCUGGCCUGAAGAAUUGUAAACUGGACACAUUUAAGAUAUCAAACUGCAGUAUUGGAGAGGAAGGUUGUUCAGUUCUGGUUUCAGCUCUGAGUUCAAACCCUUCACACCUGAGAGAGCUCAAUCUGAACUGUAAUAAACCAGGGGAUUCAGCAGUAAAGCUGCUGUCUGAUCUACUGAAGGAUCCACAGUGUAAACUGGAAAGACUACAGCUUGAGGACUGCAGUAUUAGGGAGGACGGAUGUGCUGUUCUUAUUUCAGCUCUUUGUUCAAACCCUUCACACCUGAGAGAGCUCAAUCUGAACUAUAAUACACCAGGAGAUUUAGGAGUGAAGAAGCUCUCUAAACUACUGGAGGAACCACACUGUAAACUGGAGAAACUACAGCUGUCUCACUGCAGUAUUGGAGGGGAAUGUUGUGCAGUUCUGGUUUCAGCUCUGAGAUCAAACCCUUCACACCUGAGAGAGCUCAAUCUGAACUGUAAUGAGCCAGGCGAUUCAGCAGUGAAUCUUCUCUCUGAUCUACUGAAGGAUCCACAUUGUAAACUGGAAAAAAUAGAACUGGAAUGCUGCUGUAUUGGAGAGGAUGGUUGUGCUGUUCUUAUUUCAGCUCUGAGUUCAAACCCUUCACACCUGAAAGAACUUAGUCUGAACUAUAAUGAGCCAGGAGAUUCAGCAGUGAAACUGCUCUCUGAUCUACUGGAGGAUCCACACUGUAAACUGGAGAAACUAGAGCUUGAAUAUUGCAGUAUUGGAGAACAAGGUUGUGCUGUUCUGGCUUCAGCUCUAAAAUCAAACCCUUCACACCUGAGAGAGCUCAAUCUGAACUAUAAUGAACCAGGAGAUUCAGCAGUGAAGCUUUUCUCUGAUCUACUGAAGGAUCCACACUGUAAACUGGAGAAACUAGAGCUGUGGAACUGCAGUAUUGGAGAGGAAGGUUGUUCUGUUCUGGUUUCAGCUCUGAGAUCAAACCCUUCACAUCUGAGAGAGCUCAAUCUGAACUAUAAUAAACCAGGAGAUUCAGCAGUGAAGCUGCUCUCUGAUCUACUGAAGGAUUCACACUGCAAACUGGAGAAACUAGAGUUGGAAUACUGCAGUAUUGGAGAAGAAGGUUGUUCUGUUCUGGCUUCAGCUCUAAAAUCAAACCCUUCACACCUGAGAGAGCUCAAUCUGAGCAGGAAUGACCCAGGAUACUCAGGAGUGAAGCUGCUCUCUGAUCUACUGAAGGAUCCACACUGUAAACUGGAGAAACUAGAGCUCGAUGACUGCAGUAUUGGUGAAGAAGGUUGUGCAGUUCUGGUUUCAGCUCUGAGGUCGAACCCUUCCCACCUAAGAGAACUCAAUCUGAACAAUAAUAAACCAGUGCACACUGGAGUGAAGCUGCUCUAUGAUCUUCUGAAGAAUCCACACUGUAAACUGAAGAAACUACAAUUGGAAUGCUGCGGUAUUGGAGAAGAAGGUUGUGCUGCUCUGGCUUUAGCUCUGAGAUCAAACCCCACACACCUGAGAGAGCUCAAUCUGAACUAUAAUACACCAGGAGACUUAGGAGUGAAGCUGCUCUCUGAUCUACUGUUGAAUCCACACUGUAAACUGGAGAAACUAGAGCUGUCUCACUGCAGUAUUAGAGAAGAAGGUUGUGCAGUUCUGGUUUCAGCUCUGAGAUCAAACCCUUCACACCUGAGAGAGCUCAAUCUGAACUAUAACCAAGAGACUCUGGAGUGAAACUGCUGUCUGAUCUACUGGAGGAUCCACACUGUCGAUGAAACAACUACAGUUUGCUUUCCCUCUCUCUCUCUCUCUCUCUCUAUACACUGAUCAGCCACAACAUUAAAAGCACCUGUCUAAUAUUGUGUAGGU